AUGGUGGGCCAAGGAGACCCAGGUCUUGCCGACUCGCCGGUGGACGUCUUCACCAUCAUCGAACGCACCUGCUCUGUCUUCUCACUUCUGGGGUCCAUGUUGGUCAUCGCCACGUUCUCGCUCUCCAAGGCCUUCCACAAGCCCAUCAACCGUCUCGUUUUCUAUGCGAGUUUCGGUAAUUUGCUGACCAACGUGGCCACGCUGAUUGCGCGGACCUUCAUAAACAAUAUCGAUUCAGCAGGCUGCCAGUUCCAGGCCUUCCUUAUCCAGAUGUUCAUGCCCGCUGACGCUUUCUGGACAUUGGCCAUGGCCGUGAACGUGUACCUCACCUUCUACUUCAAGUUCGACGCACAGCGACUCAGGCGGAUGGAGGUGCCCUACCUCUUGCUGUGCUACGGCAUCCCCUUCAUCGUCGCCUUGGUCCUCAUCUUUAUCUCAACGCCUGAAAAGGGGCGCAUGUACGGGAACGCAACGCUGUGGUGCUGGAUCGCCCCCAAGUGGGACGUCUUCCGCAUUGCUAUCUUCUACGGGCCUGUCUGGAUCGUUAUACUCGUUACGUUUUUCAUCUAUAUAAGAGCCGGGCGUGACAUCUACAAGAAGCACAGGCAGCUGAAGGAGUUCAGCAUCAGCACCACUCGCCACGACGCCGCCGAGUUCCCAGCGCCGCCUGAAGACCUUUUCAGCUCAACUAAAACCACCGAAGUCUUUGUCACGACCGAAGUCAUCGACAAGCCCGGCGCUAUCGAUCUGGCACCCCUAGGAGGCGGUGGACGCCGAAAUUCAGAGACCCUCCCGCCUCCGAAACCAGCCAAAGCAGCCUACUCGGUCACCAUCUCGUCCAACAGACAUCGCGAACCCUUUGACGAGCCGGACGGCCUAGCACAAGGCACCACCAUGACAGUCGAAGCCCAACCUCACGCCGCCGGACUCACUCGAGUCACCAGCCACGCCACCAGCGCCACGGUGCAGAACAAGACGACCACCAUCGCCACGGGCACCACCACCCUGACCAGCAGCACCGGCAACGCGGCCAACGCCAACCCGCUCCGCCGGCGCGCCGCCUACGAGGCCAACAACGCCACGUGGUCAUACACCAAGUGCGCGAUCCUCUUCUUUACCGCCAUGCUCGUCACCUGGAUACCAUCGAGCGCCAACCGCGUCUACAGCGUCGUGCACUCGGGCCAAGCGUCGCUCGCGCUCGAGUACAUGUCGUCCUUUGUGCUGCCGCUCCAGGGCUUCUGGAACGCCAUCAUCUACGUGGUGACGUCGUGGGGCGCGUGCAAGAUGCUGUGGGAAGACAUCCGGGCGUGGUGCGGGGCGUCGGGCCGGAGGGGGCGGCGGGGCAGGAGGGGACUGCCGGAUCCGCACGAGUUGAUGCCCGGCGGAGGCGUGGGCAUGCACCUGCACCGGUCGACGUUCCAGAUGAUGGAGAGCGGCAAGAACGGGAGGAAGGCCAGCGACUCCAAGACGUACGAGACCGAGUCCAUGACGGAGCUGGCGGCGAGCCGGCCGGGGUCGAGCGGGAGCCCGACCACGGGGGCGGCUACGCCAACGGGCGGCAAGAUGGAGGUGUAA